AAGCCAAAGGGGAACUCUUUCAGAGUCCUAAUAUGGAAGAGAUGUCUGGACACUUGGAGGGAAUGGAAAGUUCCCAGCAAACCUCGCAAGGGAAAAUGCCAAAAGAAAAUCCGUAUAAAUGUGCCCACUGUGGAGAGAGUUUCCAUAAGAGAUCACAGUUGGUUAUGCAUGAGAGGAACCAUGCUGGGGAGAAGCAUAUCUGCUCGCAUUGUGGCAAAAUUUUCUCUUACCAGUCAGAUCUUGUAAGCCAUGAGAGAAGCCAUACUAAUGAGAAACCAUAUCAGUGCUCGGACUGUGGAAAAAGCUUUCGUGAGAAAGCGUAUGUUGCUCAGCACAAGAGAAUCCACACGGGAGAGAGGCCAUACGCAUGUUCUGAGUGUGAAAAAAGCUUCUUCCGCAGAGGGUCCCUUAUUUUGCAUGAGAGAAUCCACACAGGAGAGAAGCUCUACCAGUGUUCAGACUGUGGGAAAAGUUUCAAUCGGAAGCCACACCUUGCUGUCCACAAGCGAAUCCACACAGGAGAGAAGCCGUUUGAGUGCUCAGACUGUGGGAAGAAUUUCACUGUGAAAUCUGCUCUUAAUGUACACAUGCGAACCCAUUCGGAAGAGAAGCCCUUCAUGUGCUCUGUUUGUGGGAAAAGCUUCCGUGAGAAAGGAACCCUUAAUAUACACAAACAGAGCCAUACAGCUGAAAAACCAUACCAGUGCUCUGAAUGUGGAAAAUGCUUCAGUUACACAGCAUCAUUUAGGAGACACAAGAAGACUCAUGCCAGAGGUGCUGCUGUGAAAUCAUAUGAAUGCCCUGAGUGUGGGAAAGGCUUUGGACGAAAAGAUUACCUUAUCACGCACCGGAGAAUCCAUACAGGAGAGAAACCUUACGUCUGCCCUGUCUGCGGUAAAGGCUUCAAUCAUGGUGCAACUCUUGUUACACAUAAGAGAACCCAUACAGGAGAGAAGCCAUAUGAAUGCUCCGAGUGCGAUAAAAGUUUUAAACAAAUUUCAGGCCUCAUUACGCACCGGAGAACCCACACUGGAGAGAAACCAUACGAAUGUUCAGACUGCGGCAAACGCUUUAUCCUGAAAUCAUACCUUGAUGUACACAAGAGAAUCCACACCGGAGAGAGGCCCUAUCAGUGUGCUCAGUGUGGGAAAGGCUUCUCUUGCUCUUCUUAUCUUUUGAGACAUGAGAAAACCCACACAGGGGAAAGACCGCAUACAUGCUCUGAGUGUGGUCAGAGCUUUCACUGGAAACGUUCCCUCAUUAUGCACAAACGAAAGCACACAGGAGAACAGACUCUGCAUGAAUGUGUGAUUUGUGGCAAAAGUUUCAGCUGGACAUCUGCUCUGGCUGUGCACAUGAGGACCCACACAGGCGAGAAACCAUAUGCAUGUUCUGAGUGUGGGAAGCAAUUCAGUGGCAAGUGGAUCCUUAUUCAACACAAGAGAAUUCAUACUGGAGAGAAACCAUAUGAAUGCCCUGAGUGCAAGAAAAGCUUCCAUGCUAAAUCGUCCCUUCUUGCGCACCAAAGAACUCACACUGGAGAGAAACCUUAUGAAUGUUCUGAGUGUGCAAAAAGCUACAGUGUGAAAGCAAACUUUGUUGCACAUAUGAGGACACACACUGGAGAGAAACCUUACGAGUGCUCCGAUUGUGGGAAAAGCUUCUAUAAAAAAGAUCGCCUGAUGACACACAAAAGAACCCACACGGGAGAGAAACCGUACCAAUGCUCUGUAUGUGGGAAAGGGUUCAACUGGAAAGUUGGCCUGAUUAACCACAUGAGAAUUCACACGGGAGAGAAACCCUAUGCAUGCUCUCAGUGUGGGAAAUGCUUCCAUAAGAAAGAUCACCUUGCUAGACACGAGAUUAUUCAUACGGGUGAGAAACCCUACGAGUGCUUCGAGUGUGGUAAAAGCUUUAAUCAAAAAGUAGCCCUUAUUGUGCACAAGAGGACUCACACAGGAGAGAAACCAUAUAAAUGCUCAGAAUGUGGGAAAAGCUUCAGCUGGAAAAAAUCCCUUAUUACGCACACAGCUGCCCAUACAGGAAAGAAACCCUAUGAAUGCUCCAAGUGUUCAGAAAGCUUCAGCAGACGUUCCCAGCUUGCCAAACAUGAAAGUACGCACACAGUUUCAGCUUUUGUGACUGCGCCUCAAGAACUCUCCGUGGAAGAAAUAAACACUGCUGUGAUGAAUUUGGAUUGCAGUACGUUUAUUUUGACCACCGUUGUGUAAAUUCAGAUCAUUGGAAAAGCUGAAUG